UCGCGGGCGGUGAGGAGCGGAGCGAGCGGCGCUGCGGCCGGGCCGGGCCGGCACCGGGACAGAUGGACCCGUCGUCCCCGCCGUACCUGCUGGCCAAGCUGACCCCGCUGCACUCGGAGCAGCUCCUGCAGGGCCUCAACGUGCUGCGGCAGCACCGUGAGCUGUGCGACGUCGUGCUGCGCGUGGGCGACGCCAAGAUCCACGCCCACAAGGUGGUGCUGGCCAGCAUCAGCCCCUACUUCAAGGCCAUGUUCACCGGGAACCUGUCGGAGAAGGAGAACGCCGAGGUGGAGUUCCAGUGCGUGGCCGAGGCGGCGCUGCAGGCCAUCGUGGAGUACGCCUACACCGGCACCGUCUUCAUCUCCCAGGACACCGUGGAGUCGCUGCUGCCCGCCGCCAACCUGCUCCAGGUGAAGCUGGUGGUCAAGGAGUGCUGCGCCUUCCUGGAGAGCCAGCUGGACCCCGGCAACUGCAUCGGCAUCUCGCGCUUCGCCGAGACCUACGGCUGCCACGACCUGUACCUGGCGGCCAACAAGUACAUCUGCCAGAACUUCGAGGACGUGUGCCAGACCGAGGAGUUCCUGGAGCUGACGCACGCCGAGCUGGACGAGAUCGUGUCCAACGACUGCCUCAACGUGGUGACGGAGGAGAGCGUGUUCUACGCGCUGGAGUCCUGGAUCAAGUACGACGUGCAGGAGCGCCAGAAGCACCUGGCGCAGCUGCUGCACUGCGUGCGCCUGCCCCUGCUCAGCGUCAAGUUCCUCACGCGCCUCUACGAGGCCAACCACCUCAUCCGGGACGACCACACCUGCAAGCACCUGCUCAACGAGGCCCUCAAGUACCACUUCAUGCCCGAGCACAGACUGUCCCACCAGACCAUGCUGAUGACGCGGCCCCGCUGCGCCCCCAAAGUGCUCUGUGCCGUGGGGGGCAAGGCCGGGCUCUUCGCCUGCCUGGAGAGCAUGGAGAUGUACUUCCCGCAGAACGACUCCUGGAUCGGCCUGGCCCCGCUGAGCAUCCCGCGCUACGAGUUCGGGAUCUGCGCCCUGGAGCAGAAGAUCUACGUGGUGGGCGGGAUCGCCACGCACGUGUGCCAGGGCAUCAGCUACAGGAAGCACGAGAGCUCGGUGGAGUGCUGGGACCCCGACACCAACACGUGGAGCUCGCUGGAGCGCAUGUUCGAGAGCCGCAGCACGCUGGCCGUGGUGGUGCUGGCCGGGGAGCUCUACGCCCUGGGCGGCUACGACGGGCAGUCCUACCUGCGCACGGUGGAGAAGUACCUGCCCAAGGUGAAGGAGUGGCAGCUGGUGGCCCCCAUGACGAAGACGCGGAGCUGCUUCGCGGCGGCCGUGCUGGACGGGAUGAUCUACGCCAUCGGGGGCUACGGGCCCGCGCACAUGAACAGGCAAACCUCAAGGAAGUUUUUGAUUUGCUGUGUUACCCAAAUAGAUGCAUUGUGGAUCUGCAUUGUGUUCAGUUUUCCCGUGGAGCGCUACGAUCCAAGCAAGAACUCCUGGGAGCCCGUGGCCUCCAUGGCUGACAAGCGGAUCAACUUCGGCGUGGGGGUCAUGCUGGGCUUCAUCUUCGUGGUGGGGGGACACAACGGGGUGUCCCACCUGUCCAGCAUCGAGAGAUACGACCCCCACCAGAACCAGUGGACGGUGUGUCGGCCCAUGAAGGAGCCCAGGACAGGGGUCGGGGCGGCGGUGAUCGAUAACUGCCUGUACGUGGUGGGGGGGCACUCGGGCUCCUCCUACCUGAACACGGUGCAGAGGUACGAGCCCAUCUCGGACACGUGGCUGGACUCUGCCGGGAUGAUGUACUGCCGCUGCAACUUCGGCCUCACCGCGCUCUGACGGAGGGCGGGACCCGCCCACCUCACCGGUGCCGCACGGAGCCGGAGCUGCUUGGAGACGAUCCGUGCUGCGGGCCCGGAGCUGCCAGCUGAGGAACCUGCCGAGGUUGGGAUUAAAAUGAGGAUUUGUUUUCUUCCCAUAAUUGGCCUUUGUUCUUUCAGCAGCAAAGGGAUGGAAAGCUGCUUCACCAGCUGGCUUUAGCUGCCCCCCUGUCCGCGGCAGUGGGGUUUAGGGAGCACUGUCCACGCCUGGGAGCCGGUUGGAAACUUGUCCAUCUAACCCUUUCUAGAGCUUUCCUCUCUUCCUCCUGCCUCCUCUGGAAUAUGAAGUUUACUGUGCUUGGGGUGAGAGCUGUGUGAGUGUGUGUGUGAGUGCAGGGUUUGCUGAGUGGUGCCUGGCUGUGGCUGCACACGGAGGAAGCGCCAGUGCUUCAUGGGUUUUUUAUGACCAGUAACUCAAGGGCUGCCUUGUUUCUGUAUCUCAAGGUCUGUAAAUAAUAAAUGCCAUAGGAUGUUGCCUGUA